UCGUACUAGAGUCGGUGGUCUCUCCCAUAUUAGAUGUUUUAUAAAGGUAGCCAAAAUUAACCGAAGGGACCUACUUGAUUAAAAGCACAUUUUCGAAAGGAUCGAUCUUGCUUACCAACCAUGGAUUUCCAAAUGAACAAGAAAGGAGGCCCACAAAAGAGAAUAUAUCCCUUCAGCCAUAUACCAAACAAAAUUGCAGAUAUACAAAAUAAGAUUUCCACGGCUCAAAUGAUUGCUUAGCCGAAACUAGUGCAGUUUCCUCUAAACUUAGCUCCUGAAAUUCAAACCCUAGAGAUAUAGAACCUUCAGUUUUGCCACCCGCGACCUCCCUAUGAUUGCAUAAAGCCAUACAUGUCUUUAUAAAGGUUCCCACUUUCCCCCCCAACUGUAGCCCUCUAAAAAUGUUGUCUCCUUCUUCUCGGUACCUUCACCAAUCCCAAGCUUAUUAUAAUUAUCAUUAUCUUGCGGUUGUCUUUUUGGAGGUUAUUUUGUUCAGAUGAGUUCUAUUUUAUCAAUGUCAAACUCUGAAGUCUUUUCAUCUCCACCUGCUGAUUCGCCUGAGCCAUCUCCUCUUAGGAUUCAGGUGGUUUCUAAAUCUGUAUCCGACCGACUUCUUGAGAAGUUUUUUGAUGUAUCUGAAUACAACUUUGAUUAUGAGAAGAGUGGACUUUGGUCUCCCCCGGUUCGAAGAAGUGCCUUUUUAAGCUCCCAUGAUAGAAUUUUCACUGAACAAGAAAUGCUUGAAAGGCUCAAAAGUGUAAUCGACAGACGUCGUAGUGGAAGGCAUAAUAUUGGUUGCAAUGCAUUUUGCUGCUCUUGAAGGAAAUUUGGAACAGCGAAAACUUGCUUCCAGAAAUGGGUACUGUCUUGGUGCAGUUUAACACAAAUCAGAAACAGAGAAAAGAAAGUAAAAAGAGAAACCAAAAGCUGCACUUCCGUCUCCUUCCUUUGUGUAAAUGUUAUAGUUUUCUUGGACAAACAUAUAGUGAAUAGUAUGCAUUUGCUUACUAUAUCAUCUGCAAUUCCUCCUUUUUCUUCUGGUAAUUUUCAUGGGAGUGUUUGUUUUCUUGGAAGUUAGUAAAAUCCAACUUUCUCAGAGGAUGCAUAACUUCCAAGCUUGCAGCCCCAAAAGUUGAAAACCCCAUUGCCAUUUGAGCAGAGCUCCUGAUUAUUCAUCCAACAUCCAAAAAUCACCUAACAUUCUUUGUGGUAGGGUCUCAAGCUCAAAAUUACUGUUGCAUUAGAUUAUAAUUGAUAUU